GUCACAUUUCACGCAUAAUCAUGGUUAAUGACACGUACCGGAAGCUCAAAGCGGCGGCCAAACGUGACAGAAUCUUUGUAAACUCAAUAAAAUAUAGCGCCUUGAGCUGUCGCAAUGUACCGGAAGAUCACAUGGAAAGUUUCGCCAUCGUUCAACAGCUCGGUCAUGUCACGUACGCAGAGUACGGCUACUUGCCGAACAUGUCACCUGAAAAGCCGUGGCAAGGAAAGAAUAAAGAAAGAGCUGCCAGAAUCUUGCUCUAUGCAACGAGGUGUCGCAAAGAAAACCGGAAUGAGGCUGGCUGGCGGCACGAAGUGGAGUCCCGACUCUUCGAGAGAUUCGAUAUCGAAGUCGCUUGUAAAAAGUGUCGCAAGCGACUAUGGAGGUCCGAGAUUGAAGCCAAUCCGUCCUUCAGUAACAGUCGCACGACGUCACUCGAAGACCGCCAGAAGCAAAGAGCGCCGUGCACCUGCAAUCCUUCAAGUCGUCUAGAUGAUUGCCUAGAUGUAGGAAUUAACGACAUCUUUUCCGCCCGAAUCGAGGAAACUUGCGUCAAUCCUAGUGGGACAGAUACCGCUUCCUUCGGUCCCUCAAAAAAGCCGGACCGAAUCCACGGUCUCCAGCAGACCACGAAUUUUGACACCCUGCUUCAACAACCAUAUGUUCACACAGACUCGUCCGGUCUUGCUCUUCGCGCUUUAGAGGAGGUUGUAAAAGUCAGUAUCAACCCGGACAAUGGUGGCUCCGCAUUGCUAUUUCCUUUCCUGAUUCUCGAGGCAAAAGGUGAGAAGGGCGUAGAUAAUUUUGAAGAGAUGGAAAUCCAAUCGGCGUUUCCAAUUCGAAAUGCCCUGAAACUGCAAUAUGACCUUCUAAAAACAAAGGGUAACACAAUGGACGUCCCUGGCGGUCCUCUGGUAUGGUUCCUAGCCAAUCGCGGCGAGGAUUGGAGAGUGUAUGGAGCAUGUAUCCAUGAGCAUAACGGACGGCCUGAUUAUUUGAUCAAUUACCUCUGGGGAGGAAGUAUUACAGGCUACGACGAGGCACUUCAGCUCAUUCUUAUCCUGGAUUACAUUCUCGAUUGGGCCCGAGACAUCUACCGACCAAAUAUCCUGCGUCAGCUGAAGAUGCUUACCACUGCAAACAUUAGCGACGCGAUGACCAUGGGACUCGAUCCUGAUAUCUAUUCACUUCGAGGAGAUGUUGAGCCCUGGAUGGAGACUAUGGAACCGGGGGAGAUUAUCGAUGGAAAUUUGUCGGGCGAAAAGGCUGACGAGCCUCAGAAUUCCGCCUCCAAUCAAGGAAUCUUAGAUCAAUUCAGUAACAAGAUUGGCGUUGUGCGCGAUGCGAGAUUCAUGGAGUCUCGCAUCCGUGGUUUAUUCAUUACACCAGACAAUCUCCAAACAUUAUUACUUGGGUUCGAUACCACGGACAAUGCAAAACGGGUUGUCAGGACCAUGCUAUCGAUUCUAGCUCGUCGGAGUGUCGUCUUGGAAUCCGAAAACGUCCUCAGAGCAGUCGAAGAUCAAUGGAUAGGCGCUACUAGGACAACUGGUCGCAUCGCCGCUCGUAACCGAACUGUUUACGCUCAGUUUCGCGUAUCCUACUUUAUUGAUCCGAUGUGGCAGCAAGUUCGUGAACUUACGUAUCUAGCGGUAACUCAUGACGCGAAGGACGCUCUCAUACAAUUUGCCGACUUCCGAGCAGCGGCGAAGCGCUAUCAGUUCAGACCCCACCCUUGUUCCGAAGUCGGCCUUCUAUCAACAAUCAAGAUCUUUCAGAAGCGCAGCGUGCGAUAUGAUUUUCGCUCUUGCCUUCAAAGGCGGACCUACACGAUCACUGUGAGCUAUGCCAUGAUACAUUGCGUCGACACAGGACGUGACCUUCGUCGAGAAAAGGUCAUCCAGAGUCAAGAUAAGGAUAAAAAGAGUCCUGGGUUGCAAAUGCAAGGAAUUGUGCAUGCUAUAUACGAGAGGUUUCGUAUCGGUCAACGCCCCCCCUCAGAACCUUUUCUUCGUGCCUCUGCUUCUAUUGAUUCUAGAGGCCGACCACUCUGGAAAGACUGGAGUCCGGGAGAUGAGCUUGGAUUUUGGGAGAAGCAUUGGGGGCAUGCUCUUGUUUAUUCCCCCAUCCCAGAUUCAGCCUCUCGAUCCCCAAUGACUAUUUGUCUCUAUAUUCUCAAUGGAGAGAUAGACACUCUCACCAACACCCAGAUCGUCCAGAAUCUACGGACUGUCUUGCACUUUCAAUCCAUGUACCAUACUGUACGGCGAGGCAAGGUCCCGAAGACGAACCGAAACUAUCAGGAAAAUCGACCAGCGCCAGACUUUUCCAUCGUUACACCGCCUAAGGAUUUAGCAGCGCAGUCGUUGAUGAAACUACCAGUUGCAAUCUUCAGUUGGAUUCGAGCGUUGCAACCACCGCAGGACGUUCUGGAAGCUUCUCGCUCCCAAUUCAAAUCGCUCAUUCAAGAUACCCAUACAGCACGAGGGUGUGAUAUUGGCGUUCCGGUAGAGGUCCUCGGACCGCCCGAAGGAAUGCGCAAUGACAAUAAGGCCGUAUGGAGCAAACUUGAUGCCAAGGGCACAGCCAAAACUAUUUUUUGA